AAAUUAGAAUGUAAUUGAAAUUAAACCUGUAACAGUUCAUUGUUACAGCUUAAAGACGCGAACGCGUACAUUUCAAUUUGGCCCUGACCAUGUGACUUGUUUAUGUUUACGUUUCGACCGCCCCGUAUGCACUCUCUCCCCAACCACUAUAAACAAUGAUACCAAACUGUGGGAACUGAAAUUUCCAACGGGACCUUUCCCUUACCUAAAGCAGGCUGAACAGUAGAGGAGUAGUCCGUGCGAGCAUAAGCGGUUCCAACAAAUCCACUGCUAAAUUCCAUUCCAAUUCCAAUACAUAAUAACAGUAAGCGAGACCGGUUGAGUCAGACCUCAUGAACCAACAUCGCCCAUCACUUGGGGCAGCAUCGCUCGAGGAUACUGUGGAGGAUACGAGUAGUUCGAAUCAUAGUCAAAGUAACAGUGGCAGUAGCAGUAGCAGUCAUAGUCAAAGUCAUAGUCAUAGUCAUAGUCAUAAUUCAUCUCAUAGUCAUAGUCAUCAUAGUCAAAGUACUCAUCGACAUACCUCGAGCUUUAAUGAACACAGUCACAGCCAUCGAAAUUCCAAUGACAAUUCAAAUUCCACAUCCAUAGCGACUCCCAAAUUGCAUAGAUCCCAUUCUCGGAAACCCACACUCACUAAACAACAAUCUCCUUCAAUAUUCAUAAACAAUAGUCAAUUGGAUUAUUAUACCAAUACCCAUUUCUCACGAUCUUUCAAUAGUUUAAUCCUAGAUGAUAUCAAACAAGAUCUAGAUAAGAGUUCAUCCAAUAAUAAUAAUAAUAAUAAUAAUAAUAAUAAUAAUACCCAAGCCAAUACAUCAUCUAGUUCAAGUAUAAACUUCUCCACCACGAGUAUACUUGGAACCAGUAGUACGAGAAAGAAGAUUAACAAGUCACCACCAUUUAAUGUCAAACAGGUCUACUACGAUGACCAUAUCGAUAACUAUCUCAACGAUACAGUUCAGGAUGAUUUUGAUGAGGAUUUCGAAAUGUCCAGUGACAAAGAAGAAGAGGACGAAGACGACGAAGACGAUGAGUUCUCUCAGUACACAAGUCCCACUCUAAGUAUUAUAAAACCUAAAAGAAUAAAGAAACAACUGGAAGAUUUUGAAAAUGAUGAUGUGAGUUCUGCCAAAUCGCAACAAUCGUCAAUCAAACGUUCAUCGAAAUCAUUAAAUCUCUCGAUUGAAUCCAAUCUGAAUCUGAAAUCAUUAACUAAUUCUAUAUCGAAUGGAUUAAUUAAUCAUGAUACCUUAAGAUCCAAUCAUCAGACCAAACUCAGUGAAGAUAUCGAUUGUAUAAGUGACUUAAAUGAAAUCGAUUCAUCUAUCAUAUCGAAAAGUCGAGAACAAACUCCAAUUGAAUCCAUUCAAAGUCCAAUAAUCAUAAGAAGAACUCCAAUAAAACAAGAAUUUAAUAUCAUAAAUACCAGUACAGUAAAUAAAUUUAAAAGACCUCAUCAACUUGUUAGUCAAUCUCCAUCUCCAUCAUCUAAUAAAGUUAUUAAUCAUACUAAUACCAAAUCAUUUCUUUAUCAAUUCAAUCGAUCUCCUGAUCAUUUCUUAAAGCAUAAGAAUACCAAUGAUGAAUUCUCCUUACCUCCCAAUAAAGUAACUGAUCAACAAACCAAUUUAUAUUCUCCUUCUAGAUUAGGAUUGAAGGGGUUUAAGAUGUUAAAGAAUUCCAAUAAAGAUCCCAUAGUAUCUCCUCCUCAUAGACUAUCAACAAAUAUGUCUACCAGUAAUUCUAAUCCUGAUAAACUUCUUACAAGUAAUACUAAAUUCAGAAAGACUUCAAUGCCAUUCAAUUCUCCAUUCCAUAAACCCAAUUCUUCUUCAUCUCCCAUCUCCAGUUCCACCACCAAUGUCAAAUCGAAUUUCGAAUACUAUAACGUUGAAGAUCUAGACAUUGAUCUUGAUAGUCCAUCGAAGAAUCGAAAGUUCUCCGGCUCUUCGGGCAAUUCUAUAUUCAUUUAUCAAGAUAAUGAUAUAAGUAGACGACCCUUUAUGCCUGCGGCAUCUCAACCACCUCCUCCAUCAUUACCAGCACAACAAUUAUCAUCACCUCCACCUCCACCACCUCCUGUAAUACUAUCUCAACAGAAUGAUGAUAAAGAGAACUCUGCCUCGUAUAAGUUUGUCAAACCUUUACAAGCCGCUUUUAAAUCGGCCGGAUUAUUAAAGAAGAAUAGUAUAGAGAAUAGUAUCACUAAGAAGAAGUUACCUCCUGAGACUCCCAUGAAGAAGAAUCCCUUAACUAUGAUUAAUACCAAUACUAUGCAUACUACAAGUACAACCAAUACCAAUGUGAUUAAUAAUGGUACCAAAUCAAGUCUUUCGAAUAUGAUUAGUUCUGCUCAUGAUGAAUCUACAGCUGAAGAUAAUCUGGAAAUAUCCAUUGAAGUGGGUAGAAAUAAUGCAUCAUUUAUGAGUGAUACUACCGCAAGUUUCUUUAGAAUCCCGUCUUCUAAUUGUGGUUCAAGUAGUAAACCAAAGCCUUCAUCUCAACCAUUACAGGAUAAACUUCAAUCAUCGCAUUCUCAACCUCUGAGAGGGAAUGUACUUGAUUUGGAAAUGGAUUUAAGUUCAGAUAUCGAAUUAGGUAUACCUGAGACUCCUACUAAAACUGUUAAAAGAUCUCAUUCAACUCCAUCGAAUUUCAGUCCUAUUCAAUUAAAGGAAUCUAUAAAAGAGAAAGAGAUAGAGAAGGAGAAAGAGAAAGAAUCUACUCAUAGUUUACCUAAAUUAACUGUUAAUCCAAUAAGUUCUCUUACUCCUCAUAAGAAUUUCGAAGAACCCUGUACUCCUACGAAUCCCUUAUUCUUUAAGGGAAUUGGAGGAACUAAUAUCUUGAAGGAUAAGUAUCAUAAUCAUCUUCAUCAUCAAGAUUUAAGACCUCAUCAACAUACCGAAUCUUUAAGUCUACCGGAUGAAGAAGAAGAUAUUACUCUUACCGGUAGUGCCAGUCGAGUUGAAAGUGCUUUAAGUACUAGUCGACAACUUCAUCAUAUUGGAGGUAAUGAUAAUAUUGUUAGUAGUAAUAAUUCCAAUUCAGAUAUUGUAGGAAUUGGAAUUGAAGAUGUACUUAUGCAAGAGAAGUGUAAAUUAAUUAAACCAUCUAAAACUGAUGAUCAUUUAGUUGAAAAAUUCGGGAUGAAGAAUAUUAAAUAUAUUGGUAGUGGAGAAUUUUCAAUUGCAUUUGAAUGUUUAUUUCAAAAUCAGAAAUUUGCUAUAAAGAGAACUAAGAAACCAAUUCUUGGUAAACAUGAAAGAAAGAUGAUUAUGAGAGAAAUAGAGGCCUUAAGAUGUCUUACAUCAGUUAAAGAAAAUGAUCAACAAGAAGUUAGUGAACAAGAGGCUGGUAAAGAAUAUCUUAUAUAUUUUAUUGAAGCGUGGGAUUUUAGUAAUUAUUGGUAUAUGAUGACAGAAUAUUGUGAUAAUGGUACAUUAUGUGAAUUUUUAGAAGAGAAUAAAACUUAUAAAUUAGAUGAAUUCCGAAUUUGGAAGAUUCUUAUUGAAAUUCUUAGCGGAUUAAAGUUUAUCCAUCUGAAAAAUUAUUUACAUUUAGAUUUAAAACCUGCUAAUAUAUUUAUAACUUUUGAAGGUAGUUUAAAGAUUGGCGAUUUUGGAUUAGCUACAAAAUUACCAAUUUUAGAAAAAGAUUUUGAUUUAGAAGGUGAUCGGAAUUAUAUUGCUCCAGAAUUAAUUAAUGAUAAAAUUUAUACUCCAUUUGCCGAUAUUUUUAGUGUGGGAUUAAUAAUAUUAGAAAUUGCUGCUAAUAUUAUUUUACCUGAUAAUGGGACCCCUUGGAGAAAAUUAAGGAGUGGAGAUUUAAGUGAUGCAGGUAGAUUACUGAGUGAUAAUUUAAGUAUAUUUUUACAACAUCAAAAUCAUUCAAGUACUACUUCAACAUCUUAUAAAUCUUCAAGUACUAAUCAAUCAAUGAAUCUUGGUAGUUCAAAUAAUAAUUUAAUAUUUGGUAAUAAUAAAAAGAAGAGUAGUGCAUUUUUAAAAGUUCCAAGUACAACAAUUCCUGGUUCAAAUGGAAGUAAUUCAAAUACAAGAUAUCUUCCAAAUAUUAAUGAUUUAAUUCCUAAGGGAGCUCCUGAAUUUCUUGUAAAUGGAGAUUCAAUGAAUUUAGAUAAAUUAGUUAAUAAGAUGUUAAAACCUAAUCCAUUUGAUAGACCUACAGCUACAAAUAUUCUUGAAAUGGAAGAAUGUAUAAUGAUUGAAAAUCGGAGAAAAGCCGGGGCUACAAUUUUUGAAGGAGAAUUUGGUCCAAAUGAUGAUGAAUAAAAUUAAAGAGUUGAAGAAUUAAAUAAUUAAACGUGAAUGUAUAUAGGACAAUGUACAGUAUGUAUCACGAUUAAUUUUGAUGUAAUUAAUUAACUUAAUAUAUUUAUUUAUGUACGUAUAUGAAAUGC